AUGUGUCAACGCAAGGUCUUCAUCCACCACCGCUGUGGUCACAAGAUCACCGAGCUUGUCGAGCAGUGCGACAAUUUCGAAUGCUCUGGUAUCACUCAGAACCCCGUCAUCAGCAAUCGAUACACCUGCAUCGUGCGCAGCUGCCUGAGAUCUCAGACCGCACUCACCGAGAAUCUAUAA